AUGUCUGUAGACAUAAAAGACACAAUAGGAGCUGUCUUUCUACCCCUUUUGACUAAAGAACAAAUAAACAAUAACUUAAAAAGUAUUCCAGUUGAGAUUAGAUCAAAAGUAAGAAUGGUCCAUAUCGGAGCUGUAAAAAUUUUGAUAAAAUCCCAAUUCCAAGCAGGAAUAAAUUCUCCUAUAAAAAUGGCCUUAAUUGACAACAGAAUUACUGACAGACAGGACUGCAUCUUAGGUGCUGCUAGGGGAAACCUUGCAUACCAAAAAUUUAUGUUUUCAGUCUAUCCAAAAUUUGCUCUAGAUUUGAAAUCUGCAAAUAUAGAUAAAACUUUAUCUUUUAUACAUCACUUUGAAAGAAGUGACCUUAUGAACCCAGGUGAUAAACCAUUCACCAUAACCUAUCUCAUAGGAUAUGCCCUGACCAAUAGUCACCAUAGCAUAGACUACAAGAAAGACGAGUACAUCGAACUUGAUGAUGUCUUUUCAGAAAUAGGCCAUGUCAAAGAUAAACAAUUCUGCGACAUAAAUCCUCAAGAAAACUCUUGGGUUUUAAAUAUAGCUAGAAACAAAAAAGCUCUAGGAGAAACUCUUAGACCAAGAAUUUCUAUGGAUUCACUCCAUAUAGGAGAAAGCUCAGAAAGAAAAGAUAGUAACUUAAUAAGAAACAUGUCUUUAAAAAUUGAUAGUCUACGUCAGAAUAUCAAACAAAUCUCUGAGUUAGAAGUAGCAUCUGCAAAAAUUAUUGCAGAUAUUACUAAAGAGUUAUCUGAAAAGAUUGACUCUUGCCCUUGUAAUAAAGACAUUCUUGAACACAUCAAGAAUAUUCCCAUCAUAGAACAAAAAACCAAAACUGGAAAAUAUUCAGGUCUUAAGAAAUACUCACCUCCCAAUCCAAGUAUUGGAAACCCUGACUUAGGAAGCUCAAAAGACUCCCAGAAAAUCGAUAUUUUCAAAAAGAGCAAAAAUGAAAGAAACAGUCUCUGA